CUUCAUUUGUCAUCUCAAAAUCAAAACAAUCUUUCUUCUUAAACAUACAUAUUUAUUUUAGGAAUGGAGACUGGUGGAAAAGCGAAGAAAGGAUUUGGAGGAAGGAAAGGCGGCGGUCCAAGGAAGAAGGCCGUGACUCGGUCUGUCCGGGCCGGUUUGCAGUUUCCGGUUGGAAGAAUUGGCCGUUACUUGAAGAAAGGACGGUAUGCUCAGCGUGUUGGAACCGGAGCUCCGGUUUAUCUUGCUGCAGUCCUUGAAUACCUUGCUGCUGAGGUUUUGGAAUUGGCUGGAAACGCAGCAAGGGACAAUAAGAAGACCAGAAUCAUUCCCCGACAUGUGCUCUUGGCAGUGAGGAACGACGAAGAGCUUGGAAAACUAUUGGCCGGAGUCACAUUCGCUCACGGUGGAGUUUUACCAAACAUCAACCCAGUCUUGUUGCCCAAGAAGACCGCGGAGAAGGCUCCCAAGGAGCCAAAGUCGCCAGCGAAGGCCGGAAAGUCACCCAAGAAGGCUUAAUUUGUUCGCUCUUUUAGUAGUUAAUAGUUUCCAGAACUUUGUUUUGUGCCUAAUAGUCAAGAAGUGUAUUGCUCUAUCAGAUCUGUUUAGUUGGUUGAUCUACAUGGCAAAUUGAUCUUGUAUUCUGUUAAGUUUGAGUUAAUGAAAUGUUUAGAUCUGUUUUGCAA